GUUCCUGCCCCUUUAAGAAGGGCUUUCAAGGAGGCGCUUGUAUCGAGUGAUUCAGCAUUUUCACCAGAUUGAGCCGCUUUGUUCGGAGGAAUCACUCACGUACAGUCUUCUUGAGCUUCGUUUUCGGCAUGCCGGGCAAAUAUACCAUCAUCUACUUCCCUGUCCGUGGCCGUUGUGAGGCCACACGGAUGCUGCUAGCUGAUCAGGGACAGGAGUGGACAGAGGAUGUGGUGACUGGGGAGAUCUGGCAGAAGGGAGAUCUCAAGAAAUUAUGUGUCUUUGGACAGUUGCCUAGAUUUCAAGAUGGAGACUUCAUACUGCACCAGUCAAACGCGAUCCUGCGCUACUUGGCUAGGAACCAUGGACUCUAUGGUCAAGAUGCAAGGGAAGCAACACUGCUGGACAUGGUGAAUGAUGGAGUGGAGGACCUACGCAUCAAAUAUGGCCGCCUCAUCUAUCAGAACUAUGAGAAUGGCAAAGCGGAGUACAUCGAGGCCCUGCCUGGGCAGCUGCGUCCUUUUGAGAAUCUGCUGGCUCAGAACGAUGGAGGGAAGGGUUUCAUUGUAGGCAAAAAGAUCUCCUUUGCGGACUAUAACCUGCUUGACCUGCUGCAUAAUCACCUGGUUCUGGCGCCUGAUUGCCUGGCUUCAUUCCCCUUGCUGGCUGGCUAUGUGCAACGGCUGAAUGCCCGGCCACUCCUCAAGGCUUACCUGGAGUCUGAUGCUCACAAGCAGCGCCCUAUCAAUGGGAAUGGCAAGCAGUAAGCUGACUCCUUCUCCAGAGUACAGUUUCUACUCUGCAGUUUUGUAUGCUUUGAUGCUGAAUAAAUCUAGUUUUACAAAGGA